GUAUGCAUAUAAUCUACCUUGAGGCGAAGAAUAGUCUUAUCACUUGAUGGCAUUGGAUGGCUUGGGCCACAACUCUGUAUGCCAAAACCAGAAGUAAAUCUCCUCCAAGUCACCAUCUUUGUAACAAUAUUCCAGCGGUUUCUUGCUUAAGAAACAGCAGAGAUUCAGGGCUGCUUCUGGAGCACUUAUAUCUGAUUUUCGCGUCUUCAUUGUUCCGUGCUUAUGGAAUGGACCAUUAGGUUGCUUCUACUAAAAGGAGUUGAUGAUUAUAGAGCUAGCAAGACCGAACGUUAUUUUGUGCAUAUGGGUUUUUAGAAAGGGUCUUCUGUGAAUUUUAUGCUCCGUAAUCACGGUUAUGAGGAUGCUAUGGGCAAGCUGGAUUUGGGGAUACCUACUACUAAAAUUUCAGAAGAGUGAAUAAGUCUGAACAAUUUGGAAAUAUGAACAUUGGUCUGGAUUGAGAUUUGGGUAUUUUAAUCAUCUGGUGACAUAUCAUACACAAGGAACUGCAUAUUGGAACAAGCGGCUGCCUCAUUACUUUUCAAGGGGUCCGAUUUUGUAGAAGAUACAAAGAUGCAAUGGGUUCGGUUGUCUUCCCAACAUGCUCCUGUACACAAGCUGGGGGAUUCACAAUUAACAUUAUCCCCAAAAUUUAGGUUAGCAGAAAUCCAAUCUUCUUUGUUAAAUCGUUCAGCAGAUUUAGACUCAACUCUCAGGGGAGAACCCCUCAUUCCGGGCCUUCCUGAUGAUGUUUCCCUCAACUGUCUUCUCCGGCUUCCAGUCCAGAGCCAUGCAGCCUGCAAAGUUGUGUGCAAGCGAUGGCAUCUACUGCUCGGUAGUAAAGAACGAUUUUUCACACGUAGAAAGGAAUUAGGCCUCAAAGACCCUUGGCUCUUUGUCUUUGCUUUCCACAAGUGCACUCGAAAGAUUCAGUGGCUGGUUCUUGAUCUCACUCAAUUCUCUUGGCACUCUAUCCCAGCAAUGCCUUGCAAGGGGGGCAAGGUUUGUCCCCAUGGAUUUAGGUGCGUUGCCAUCCCCCAGGAGGGCAAUCUUUUUGUUUGUGGGGGUGUGGUCUCUGAUGGAGAUUGCCCACUUGACUUGGUCCUGAAAUACGAGAUGCAGAAGAAUCGUUGGACUGUGAUGAAUCAGAUGAUCACCGCUAGAUCAUUUUUUGCAAGCGGGGCAAUCAAUGGAAUGAUUUAUGUGGCUGGAGGAAACAGUACAGAUCUCUUUGAGCUUGACUCAGCUGAGGUUAUGGAUCCUAUUAAGGGGAGUUGGCAUUCCAUUGCAAGCAUGGGAGCAAAUAUGGCCUCUUAUGAUGCAGCAGUUCUGAAUGGCAAACUUCUUGUGACCGAAGGCUGGCUGUGGCCUUUCUAUGUCUCUCCCAGGGGUCAGGUUUAUGACCCUAGAACGAAUGAUUGGGAGAGCAUGGCUGUUGGGCUGAGAGAAGGCUGGACCGGUUCAAGUGUGGUUGUUUAUGAUCACUUGUUUGUGGUUUCAGAGCUCGAAAGGAUGAAGCUAAAGGUUUAUGAUUCAGAUACUGAUUCCUGGGAAACGCUUGAAGGGCCACCUUUACCAGAGCAAAUAUGCAAACCUUUUGCAGUGAAUGCAUGUGAUUGCAGAAUCUAUGUUGUGGGUAGGAACCUUCAUGUUGCUGUGGGUAAUAUCUCAAGGCUCAGCCAAAAAGGCACUUGCAGCAAAAAAUGGAGGUUCUUUGUUCAAUGGCAGGUUGUGGAGGCACCAGAAAGCUUCUCUGACUUGACACCUUCAAGCUCUCAGGUUUUGUUUGCGUAGCUUUUCAAUUUUCGACGUAUUGUUUUAUGUAUGUUAUAUAAGUUGUAAUUUAUAUGAAAGUAUAAAAGCUGUAGAAUGGAAAUGGCUGUGCUCAAAAGUCUCCAACAUAGUUACUGAAAUGCAUGUAUCAACUAAUGGUGUGUUCUUUUCUAUUUAACUAAUGCUUUCUGUGACCGAAUUUCCUGAAGUCGUCGUGACUAUUAGGAUCAUAUUAUUGAAUGAGAAUGGUAAUAUUACUUUGA